GCACACAGCAUGUCAGUGCGCACUUAACGGUCUAAUUACCAGCUUGUUUAUUCCAGUUGCUCCAUGAGCUGUCCUGAGCACAGCUCAUAGCAGGAAGGCAAACUUUUCUUUUCUCAGAGGGAUAUUUCAGAAGACAGAACAGGGAUGGGUGUUCUGUGGACUGCCUGUGUGUUUGGACUUAUCCUUGCCUCUACUUUGGAAGCUGUUCCAGAGUGUCCCCUUGAGAUCAGCCCUCAGAAACCUGUGGUGAGAUAUGGGGACCCAGUGACAGUGAACUGCACUGCAACACAGACACCCAGAGGAAUGGGCUGGGAGGCUACAGUUGGAGCUACAGGCAUGAAAACAGGUGCCCAGUCUGUCACCUGGAGUGUCAGCAGUCUGACUGAUUGGACUGCAGAGCCUAAGUGCUACGGAAACUUCCUUACUGAGCCCAAGCAGUGCAGGAAGAAUCUCAUCAUCAUUCUGUACAAGUACCCAGCCAGUGUCUCUCUCAGCUCUGACAGCCCAGUAGAUCAGAUGGUGGAGGGGAGACAGUACCAGCUGCAGUGUGAGGUCCAGAACAUCGCUCCCGUUCAGUACCUCACUGUGAACUGGUACAGAGGACAGACACUGAUUCACAGUCAGACCUUUUCUCACAACACUACUAGAACACCUGUGAAUGUGUCUGUGAGACACCUGUUCACCGCUGACAGAGCUCACAGUGGAAAGCAGCUCACCUGUGAGGCAGAGCUCAACCUGGGACCAGAAGGACCACAGCCCCCUCCUGCAAAUCAGUCUGAUCCUCUCCAAAUCACAGUGCUGUAUGAACCUGAGAUCACAGGGUGUCCUCUCAGUGUUGAUCUGGAGGAGCAUCACAGUCUGCAGAGCAGUGUGACCUGUACAGCUGAGGGCAGCCCUCCCCCUAAGACCAGAUGGGUCAAGGAUGGACAGCAGAUUGACCCCUCUGUCAAGAUGACCAGGACUGAUGAAGGACAGUUCACCUAUGAAGCUACUAACACACAGGGAACUGUGAAUCACACUGUGAUGGUAGAAGUGAGAUACAAACCUGUGUUUUCCCAGUCAGGAGACACUAUACAAACUGUCCCCGGUAACAUAACAGUGUUGGUCUGCCGUGCUGAUGGUAACCCACCCCCAAGAUACAACUGGACUUAUUCUACAGCUGAUAAUGUGGCUGUAAAGUACACAGACAGAGGGUCCACUGUCACCAUCAAUGGAGCCUCUACCAGCAAUACUGGGAUAUACACCUGCUUCGCUACGAAUGAGGUGGGAGAAGCUCAGAAGACAUUUAAGGUUAAAUUAAAAAAUCAUGCCCCCGAUGUCUCCGCCUUGGUCGGCUGGAUAGUUGUCGGACUGGCGGUUUCUCCGAUGUUCGUCGGAUGAGCUACACCUCACCCGUUCCGGCUUUGCUGAUGACCUUGCCGAUGUUCAGGAGCAGCGACAAAAAACCCCAAAAGACCAACACCCCCAAAACACAAAGGAAAGUGCAGGCUGGGCAAAAGCGGCCACAAACAAGAGACACUUGGCAAAUGAACGAGUCGCCCGAAAUCUCUCGGUUAGUGCAACGGAACUGUCGAAAGAUGACUGGACCGUGACGCGAGGUUAACAUUUAUUAAUUUUUUAAAUAUUUUAUCUUCUUCGUGCCUUCCUUGUCUUCCACAGUUUUUAAUACACGUGAUAUUAAAAAUCAGAACGGCAAAGCUUUGGAGCAUCGAGAUACUGUAUAUACCUGUCCGCUAUUCCAGUCGCUGCUGUUUCUUGUAAAAUCCAUGUGCCGUCCAUGCUAGCAUGACUUCAUUAAGCACAUUUAAAACGGGGUGUGGAUACCUGGUUUGAAUAAAUCUACUUGUGACGAAGAGAAAA